AUGUGUGAGUUAAAGAAGUUCCGCGUUACUCCACAGCCACUGGACGGACAGGGUGGUGGAGACUUCUCAAAUCAGAAUGGGACAGGUGGAGAAAGAAUUUAUGGUGAAAAAUUUGAAGACGAAAAUUUCCAUUAUAAGUAUGACAAGGAGGGAUUUCUGAGCAUGGCCAACGUGGGCAGCAACACCAACGGCUCCCUGUUCUUCAUCACCACCGAUCCAACUCCGCACUGGGAUGGGAAGCACGUAGUGUUUGGCCAAGUGAUUAAAGGAAUGGGUGUGGCAAAGAUUCUAAAAAAUGUGGAGGUGAAAGGUGAAAAGCCUGCCAAAAAUGCGGAGAACUGA